AUGACAAAAAAGACCCGGGCGAUGUUCAUUGACCACAAACUACCAGACGUCGCAGAACAGUGUCAACGUGAUGAUUUAUUCUUUGGUACACCAGAAUUAUCCAUAGGUUCUACAGAACCAAGUGAUCCAACCCCUUUUCAAUCUGAUGAGACUUCCGGCGAUGUCUCUUGCAACGAAUUUGUGGGACAAGAUGAAGCUGAUGACUUUGAUAUAUGGAUGAUACAGGAGCAAGAGCCAUUGCAAGAGCCUGUGAACUAUCAAUCAUGGGAUUCAUUUACUGUUGAGAGUUUCAAAGAACCUCAAAUGGCCUAUUUGACCGAAGCUGGAACUCGAGUCUUUGACACGGUAUUAACUGCUGAACAUGAUUUUUUGAAGGUUGGGAACAAUUACCAUGAUGUAGUGGAUUCGAGAAUAUUUGCUACUUCAGUCCUCGCACUAGGUUUGGGCAGGAAUUCAAUGUUCUUCACAUGGGAUGCAGAAAAGCGUUCAUUUACCGCGGCCCUUCAGAAGUUCAGGAUCUCUGGUCACACUGCACAAUCUCUCAAAAGCUUCCUGGCUUUAUUCUAUGACUGCGGAAAUAUAACCAAGUUCCUUCAAGACUUUGUCGAGAAAACCUACUCGUUAAAGAAAUCACCAGGUCGAAUUGCCUUGGCCGAAUCUAUUUCAAUUGUGAUUGCAACAAUUCAGUCACAGCUGAAUGUAAGCUCUUCCGAUUAUGAGAGCGUUUUACAGCUGCAAGCGUUAUUUCGACCGGCUCAUUCGGUUCUUACAUGCUUCAAACGAUUAGUAAGGAAAACGCUACCAAAGAAGAGCGAUGAAGCAAUACUGUCCACACUCUUCGAAGAAAUUCAACUUUUGGAACAUAGGACAGACACCCUCAGAGACAUUCUUCUCGAGAUACUCUCUAGGGUAUCAAUACCUUGGCUUGAGUUCGCCGGUGAAUGGCUUGGACUACAAAGAGAGAUUGGCUUACCGCUGACAAAAGAUGGUCCUGGAAAGUGUUUUGUGAAGGUCGAUAACAAGGAGUGGGUGGAUGAGGCUGGUCUCGAGUUGAAUGAGCCUGACUUUAUAUUGGACCAUGAGAAGAUUCCUUCAUUCAUGUCGUUUGAAGAUGCACAAAUAAUGUUUGAAGUGGGCAGGAGCCUUCGAAUUUUGCGGACCCACCAUAUAGAUCAUCCCCUAUCGAAAAUGAAAGUGGUGGAAUCCGUUGCACCACCAGCUCUUGAAUGGAGAUAUUCCUGGCAAGAUAUCCUGGACAUAGAAACCAAAUCCUUGAAAUACGAACAAGAUUUGACCGCUGCACUUCGCACGUUUUCGGAAUCACACUCAACGACGAAAACCACAGCUACCGAGUCCAAGUAUGAGCUCUUUAAUUUCGAUCUAGAUUUCUUCGGGAAACCCGAAGAAGAUAUACAAACUCGUGUUAUGGCAUCUAUCAAUCAUUUAAAUUCGAAUUUGAAGGAACCUCAAGCUCCGUUCAAGCUUAAAAAACUUUUAGAAGCCUGCCUUUCAUCAACGUCUGAGGCUUCACGGGAGCAUGACUCGAUAUUCUCCCCGCCGAUCUCCUUGGCUCCUUUACUCUCAUUUAAUCCAAUUAUUUCUGCACAAGCUCGAGUAGUGAAUGGGGUUUGUAUGCAAUUGUUUUUCAAGUCUCAUGAACUACGGAGUCACCUCUCUUUACAGAAAGACUUUCAUUUGCUCGGAAAUGGUGUUUUCUCAAGCCGACUUUCUCAUGCGCUGUUUGACCCAGAAUUAGAGAGUGCAGAGAGACAGAAAGGAGUGGCUCUAUCUGGUGGAUCCAUGGGCUUGCGACUUGGCGGCAGAGAUACAUGGCCACCAGCGAGUUCUGAACUACGACUUGCAUUAAUGGGCGUCCUGACGGAAAGUUAUACAUCAUAUCAACCCAUAAAUCUUUCUUCGAUCGGUGGGUAUCUCGAACGCCAAGGAUCUCUCCCGGGAGACUUGAGUUUCGCCGUCCGAGAUAUGUCUGAAGAAGAAAUCGAAAAGUGUAUGGACCCUAAUUCUAUUGAAGCUCUAGAUUUCCUACGACUUUCAUACAAACCCCCGGCACCGUUGGAAUCCAUAUUGACUCCCGUCAUUCUCUACAAAUAUGAUCAACUUUUCAAGCAACUACUGCGCACCCUCAGAAUGCUAUACGUUGUUUCAGCACUUUUUCGUGAUGCUACAGAUAGGACAUCCUCUUGGCGGAGUAUUGAUCCCUGUGCGCGGAAGUUCCGCAUCGAAGCUCAUCACUUCAUCUCCUCGGUUUGUGGAUAUUUUUUUGACACGGGAAUCGCAUCAACUUGGCGUAUCUUUGAGAAAAAACUGGAUGAGAUUGAAGAGCGUUUGAACUCUGAGGACAUUUCGCUCGGUCAGAAUGAGGGACUCGAUAAGCUCAGAGACUACCAUGAACGUGUACUCGACAAGAUGUUAUUCGCCUUGUUGCUGAGAAAGAGACAAAAACCAGUCAUGCAACUAUUGGAAGAGAUAUUCAGCAUAAUUUUGCGGUUCUCGAAACACUCGCGAGAGAGGGCUUUGGGGACUCGAGGUGAUGUAGGGGAUACAGGCAGAGAUGAAGAUAUUAGAGUAUUGUAUGGGAAGUUUAGGAAGAGGGUAGGAGUUUUCAUCACUGUUUGUAGGGGAUUGAGUGAAAAGAAGGGCUAUGGUGAGAAGAUCUUCGAUACGCGGCCAAGGAGUGCAGGCUUGUUCGACGCUGCAGAUUUAGCAGAAGAAAAUACUGUUGGGCAAUUGGUGUUACGAUUGGAGAUGUCGGGAUAUUACCUGAGUGGGAUAUGA